AGAUUGUUUUUAGCUUUUUAGAAAGAUUUUAUUUGUUUUUAGCGCAAGAUGUGGACCCCAUACCAACUGUUUAUUGCUGUCGGUAUGGUGAUUACAGGUUCUAUAAACACUCUAGCUACCAAAUGGGCAGACAAACAAAGUGCUCCUGGACCAAAUGGUGUAGUCCAUGCAUUUGAUCACCCAUUUCUACAGGCAGUUGGAAUGUUUAUUGGAGAGUUCUCAUGUCUUGUUGUGUUCCAAAUUUGGAUCCGUUAUCAAAAAUGGACGAUAAAGAAAGACCCAACGAAAGAAGUCAACUUUGGGAACCAAAAAUUUUCCCCCUUUUUAUUUCUGGGUCCAGCAGUGUGUGACAUGACUGCUACUUCAUUAAUGUACAUUGGAUUGAACUACACAUACGCCUCCAGUUUUCAAAUGCUUAGAGGAGCCAUCAUAGUAUUCACUGCAUUACUAUCAGUGGCAUUUUUACGACAGUUUAUCACCAAAAAGAAAUGGCUUGGAAUAUUUCUAGUUUUAGUUGGGUUGGUUUUGGUUGGUUUGUCCGAUAUUUUGUUCAACAGUAACAGCCAAUAUGGACCUAAUGAAGUCAUAACUGGUGACCUGAUCAUUUUAAUCGCUCAAAUAAUCAGUGCCACUCAAGUUGUGUUGGAGGAAAAGUUUGUGAAUGGAAAAGAUAUUCUACCAUUGCAGGCAGUUGGGUGGGAAGGUUUCUUUGGCAUGACCAUCCUUGGCACCCUUCUAAUUCCGAUGUAUUUCAUACCCGCCUCUUCAUUCAGUAAUAACCCACGCGGGGUGUUGGAAGACGCAUUGGAUGGCUUGUAUCAAAUAGGACAGAACUCUACCCUUGCCUUAGCACAGAUUGGAAGCGUAUGCAGCAUUGCUUUCUUCAAUUUCUUUGGUAUUAGUGUCACUAAACAGCUCAAUGCAACUACCAGAAUGGUAUUAGACAGCAUACGAACUAUUGUGAUAUGGGCUGUAAGUCUUGCUGUGAAGUGGAGUACCUUCCAAUAUUUACAAGCGAUUGGUUUUGUUGUUUUGAUUGGUGGCACAGUCAUCUACAAUAACUUGGCGCCGAUCCCAUGUCUUGACCCACCCCCUCAAGUUCAACCAAUAAAUGAAUCAAAACCAGAAUAUUCUGACGAGGCGGCGAGUGAAAAGACCCCGCUUUUAUACGACACUCAGAGCAUCACAAAUCAAACAGCUUAAAAUGGAAUGCUGCGAAAAGUUCCGUGCGUUGUAAUGUAGAGUUUAUAUAUUGCAUCAUAAUAACUUGUAUAUGGUUGCUAAGCUGCAGAGAUGCCUUAAUUCUGGUGUGAUUUUUUUUUUGAUUCUUUUCAAAAGACUUGUUUAUUGAGUGUGCUACAACCAUGUUUGUAAGCAAGUUAAAACUUGAUUGCACAAGUCACGUUUUUACUUGCAGUGUAUGUGCUGCAAUUACUCUUAAUCAGGAAAUACCAUUUCCUGCUUCUUUUAAAUAGCAAAAUCGAACUCUAAUUUUAAAAACUUUUUAAAUAGGUUCUGCUAUGCUUCCUACCAGGUGUAAUACAUAUUCCCAAAAUCAAUUUUCUGUCCUAAAAAAGUAACAAACAUUUUAUUGAAAUUAAAGUUUUUUGGUAUGCCAUUCGUCACCAAAAGAGAAACACCUGUUCUUUAUGUUUCUCACACAUAUUUUUGGUUCUAUGCUGAAAUUUUAAAGCCCUAAAUUAUUUUCUAAACUUGUUUUUUCAUGAAUUUUAAAUUUUCCAUUGGCCUAAAGUAUAAAUUAAUUCAUUUUUAUCAGUUUAAAAAGUAGUUUCAUAAGCAUUGUGCUCAACUUUAUUAUUUCAUGCAAAUAUUUUUAACAACUUUUUACUGAAUCUGCUUUUUUUGAUUGAAAUUUCAUUGUAUGUGAUUUUAAUGUAUCGUAUUUUUUGUUGAAUGUGACCUUGAACCUAAUAUAGACAAAAUAUCAACCCACAACACAAAUAUUAUGGAUAUAUCAAGUUUUGUUCUUUCAUCUGCAUUUCCCAUGGUAAACCUUCAAAAAAAUUUGACAACAUAAAAUUUCAUUUACAAAUUACCAAUUUUAAUAUUUUAAAAUCUUAACCACACUUUAUGUUAUUAGUUUAAUGUUGUACUGUACUUUUCUGCGAGUGUUAAAACCUUUAUGUGCAAUGAGACACAGCAAUUAACUUGUUUAACAAUUUUAUUGCAUAUGCAAACCUCUCAUUUCAACAUGCACAAUCUGCUUUGUGGAAGUGUAUGUCACCUCGUGUAAAGUCAGUUUUAAAUGUAAGACUGGAUUAUUGUUAAAUGGCCCAUGAGUUGGAAUUCAAACUUACUUCAAAAAAGAAAUAAAUUUGUUGUUUAAACAAUUCUGCAUCUUACUUCUGCCUACUGUGCCCUUUGAUUUAGCAUUUCUAGUUAUUAAUUUGACCUAAUUUCUACAAUUGUCAGAUUCUUGCGUACUUAUUAAUACAAGUACAAUAAAUGUAGAAUUUUCGCACCAUA